UCCUUCAAGCGUCCACCAAAUAGACGGUUCCUCGAUGGACGAAGACUGACCAAAACAAAACAGAAACCAGUUGACGCCGGCAUGUUUCCGAAGAAUGUGAUGUGGGCUGUUAUGCGCCCAUACACGAAAAGACGCCGAUUUUUGGAUUCGCGGUUUCAAAUUCUAAUAUUUCUAGUGACUAUUUACGUGUUAGGACUAGCCGUUAGCAGUCCUAGUAAUGCAGUUGAGAACAGUAUUAUUUCUUCGGACGGAUUGUUUCCCUCAAAAGUGGAAGUGUUUAGAUGUUGUAAAAGUGAUGAAGUUCUGUCCGAAGACCGGCAGUGCUUGAAAGGUUCUGUUCCCAAUUGGGUGCCCAAUGUUUUCUCGCCCUAUUCUCAUGGUUUUAUCCAAGACCAUGCUCAAAUCGGUCACAUGUUUACGUUUUUGGAGGCUACCAGACCGUCCUGUGCUAGUGAACUAUUUCAUGUGCCCUUCCAAUCACAUGGACCAAUCAACAAUGUUGUCUUUGAUAACGGAUCCUUAUGGGUGCAGGACUUCGACAAGCACCUGUUCCGUCCGGGGGAUUACUGCGUGGAUCCGGGUGGCUGCCUAGUGUGCCGGGGUCCGCUACCGGAGCCGUCCGGGGCACGCAAGUGCUGCGGCCCGGAAGCGGCCUACCGGGCGUCGGAACAACGCUGCGUCCAGUCGGAUCGUGUGUGGUCGCUGGGCGACAGUCGGAUCGGAUUCCCCGUCUGUCCGGAACCCGGUUACGCGGUCGCGGGACGCUUAGGGAUCUCACACAUCCUAGAUAACUCCUCGGGGUCAGUGUUGGGACCUGACGGGGUACCGUUGGAACGGUUCUGUCUGGAGUUCCUAGACGAGAAACCCGAGGACGGUACCGUAGUCUUGACGUGUCCGACGUCCGGACGACAUCCCGCCCGCUGGAACCGGCACGACGGCGACCUGAGGUUCACGCUCUACCCCGUCGGACUGUUUCUGUCAGUGUUUUUUCUGACGGUCACCCUCAUCGCCUCCUGUCUACUACCGAGCACCUAUCAUCUGCUGCACUGGCGGUGUCAGACCAACCAUGUCGCAUGUCUGCUAGUUGGCGAUCUGCUGUUGGCUGUCGUUCAGAUGUCCGGCAGCGCCUUGGAUGGACCCGCUUGUGCUUCUAUUGGCAUCGCCAUGCACUUCAUAUUCCUGGCUGCGUUUUUCUGGUUGAACACAAUGUGCUUCAAUAUCUGGUGGACUUUCAGGGACUUGCGCCCCACAAGCCUGGACAAAGGUCAAGAGGUGUGUCGCCUGCGCCUGUAUGAACUGUACGCCUGGGGCGGCCCAUUGCUGAUAGCCGGCACUGCCGCCUGCUUUGACAGCCUGCCGGACGACGCCUAUCCCUCCGACGGCAUCUUCAGACCCAAGUUUGGUUCUAACAGUUGUUGGUUCGCAGGUGACGCAGAAAUCUUCUCGUACUUCUAUGGACCUCUGGGUGUUCUCCUGUUGAUCAACCUGACGCUGUUUGGUGCUACGGCAAGAGAACUCACUUGUGGCCUCUGGAAGACAGAAGUCGUCAAGUCCAACACUGAACGAGCGACGCUGGGUAGAGUGUGUCUGAAGCUGGUAGUUGUGAUGGGAGUUACAUGGGUGGCGGACAUCAUAUCCUGGUUCGUGGGGGGCCCCACCUAUGUCUGGUACCUCACUGACUUGAUAAACGCCCUCCAAGGUGUUCUCAUUUUUGCCGUCGUCGGAUGCCAGCCUCAGGUAUGGGCAGCUGUAAAAAGACUGUGGUGUCUGAGAGAGAUGCCCUCUGAAGGUGGAGGCAUCAGGUCCUCUUCGUCACACGCUAUGCCCUCAGUUGGGGACCAGAACACCACCACCACAUCCACGGUGAAACCCGUCGAAACGCUCUGCUGACACCAGCUCUGACAAAAACCGGCGUGAAAUACAACCGCAUUAUAUACGCUUUGAGUGGCAGCUAGAGCCUAACCAAGUAUUACUAUAUUAUCCCUUAAUGGUAUAUCCAUUAUUUCACUAAAUGCGUUUUAGUGAUCAGACUGAAUCUUCUUAACUUGUCAAAAUACUUGCCAGAUAUUUUGAAAUCUCGGAAACUGUAUCCAGAUUUAAUGAGAGAAUAUAAAUAAAUGUUAAUAGGGAUAUUCUUGAAUUGUAUGAAAACUCUUGCAGGAUAUCUUGGAAUUUCAAAUAGAGUAUUGGGAGUGUAUCAAUAAUUAUAAUUUGUAAUAGCUUAUUGCUGGCAUAAUUGUCUAUCAUUCAAUUGAAUCUGUUGAUGCCUGAUCUUCUUCAUUCAUGAGGUAGAAAUCAUAAUGGAAAAAGUAUUAUUUUUACUCUGGUUAGAUAAUAGGCAUUUCAAUAUCAUAUUUAUAAUAUUGUUGUUAAAUUCUACCAAGUAUUCACAAGACUAGAUGAUAAGAGUUACGUUUAUUACUCAUUCACUGUAAAAAUGUAUUGGAACAACAUUGAUUCAUUGAAUCUUUUUAAUAACCUAGUUGAACUGCGUCUUUUAAAGCAGUAAAUUGUUAUUUCUUGUUUUGAAAAUCACUUACAAGUGACACAUCUCGGCAACUUGUUGUAUCUUCAAGUUGGAAUUUUAAAGUGAUAAAACUUCGAAAGUAAUUGAUUGAAAAGUUCUGCCUGAGGCAUUUGAAUGAUAAUAUAUCAUUACCACUGACAUUACCAAAUUUUUACACAUUUUCUUUUUUGAUGAUGAAAUUAAUUUACUGGCAGAAUCAGGCACAGUAGUUAUAGACGAUCACAUUGUUUGAGAUCAACAUUGACCAUCAAAUUUGUUUGCAAAAACUUCAUUAAGGAAUUUAUUGACUGCACUAUCACUCAUUCAAGAUGACUUGAAUUCUCUGUAAAACGUUUCAUUAGAAUAUCAAUAUUGUGAUUAUGAUAGAAAAGGAGAUAUGAAAAUGUCGUUUGUGAGUGCUGUAAGCUAGAUCAAUAUAACAGUAUUAAAAAUCAGAGAAGUUAAUCAAUUUAGACGAAUUUUCAUUGCGUUCUAAAUUAUUUGAUAAUAAGUGUUAUGUUUAUAAUAACUUAAAACAUUAUUGUUUGCGUUGUAUAAUUUGAAAAUCUAAACUGAUCCAUCUAAAGGUGCGUACAGAUAUACGCGCCGCGAACAUGAGCAAUAUUCACUUUUAAUCAGUUGAUUAUAUAUUCUGUAUUUUUACAGAAACGGUAAGAUACAGAUAUAAAAAGCUUGGCAUCAGCUGAUUAAAAGUGAAUUGCGCGUAAAUCUGUACGCACCUUAAUAAAUAAUAUUAAUAUCUAAAUGCUUAUAAUAUAUUCUUAACAUUCAUUGGUAUUUAAUUAGCUUUUGUAUUAUAAAUGCAGCUUUGCAUUUUUGAGAGUCAUGAUAGCUUAGUACACAUCUAAUUAAUGUGUAUCGUUUCUAAAAUCCUAUAAUACCAUAUUGUUGUUCCUAUGUUAAUUUUAUGUACUGUAAUCCAUAUGAUAAUGUAGGUACUAACAUUGGCUUCUGAAAGUAUUAGCUGGUGUGUUGCCCCAACAACUGUAUUAACUCAUAGUAAACAUUAUU